AUGCCCCAAGUGUUCCAUGAGCGGGGCAUCCUCUUCGGCUACCGGCAUCCACAGAGUUCUGCCACCGCCUGUAUGCUCAGCCUUUUCCAAAUGACCAAUGAGACACUCAACAUCUGGACGCACUUGGUGCCCUUCUGGUUCUUUGUGUGGAGAUUCGUGACUGCACUGUAUAUGACGGACAUCCAGAAUGACAGCUACUCGUGGCCUAUGCUCGUGUACAUGUGUACCAGCUGUGUGUACCCCCUCGUGUCCAGCUGUGCACACACCUUCAGUUCCAUGUCCAAGAACGCCCGGCACAUCUGCUACUUCCUGGACUAUGGAGCAGUCAACCUCUUCAGCCUGGGCUCAGCUAUCGCCUACUCUGCAUACACGUUCCCUGACGCCCUGGUGCACACCACUUUCCGCGACUAUUAUGUGGCACUAGCUGUGCUGAAUACCAUCCUGAGUACCGGCCUCUCCUGCUACUCCAGGUUUCUGGAAAUCCAGAAGCCCCGGCUGUGCAAGCUGCUUCGUAUCCUUGCCUUUGCCUACCCCUAUGCCUGGGACACCCUCCCCAUCUUCUACAGGCUCUUCCUGUUCCCAGGGGAGAGUGCAGGGAACGAAGCCAUCUUGUACCAUCAGAGACACAUGGCCAUGACACUCUUGGCCUCUGUCCUAUAUUCUGCACACCUGCCAGAGUGCCUGGCCCCUGGACGCUUUGACUACAUUGGUCACAGUCACCAGCUGUUCCACGUGUGUGUGAUCCUGGCUACACACAUGCAAAUGGAGGCCAUCCUUCUGGACAAGACUCUGAGGAAGGAGUGGCUGCUGGCCACCUCGAGGCCCUUCUCCUUCUCACAGAUAGCCGGAGCCCUUCUUCUGUGCAUGAUUUUCAGCCUCAGCAACAUAAUUUAUUUCUCAGCUGCUCUGUAUCGGAUUCCGGAGCCAGAAUUACACAAAAAGGAAACAUAA